CCGAACCGGCUCGAGAGAGAAACCCUAGCGUCCCCUCAUACUUAUAAACUCAAUCUACUUGCCAAACCUCAUUCCUUGUUGCAGUCGCCGAGUGCCCAUUCCAUCUCCAGCUCCAUCUUUGGUCUGCUCCUCCUCUCAGCAGGUAAAGGUAAGCCAUCAUGGGUCGUGUCCGCACCAAGACCGUGAAGAAGUCCUCUCGCCAGGUUAUCGAGAGGUACUACUCUCGCAUGACUCUGGACUUCCACACGAACAAGAAGAUCCUGGAGGAAGUUGCCAUCAUCCCAUCAAAGAGGCUCCGAAACAAGAUCGCCGGGUUCUCCACCCACUUGAUGAAGCGCAUUCAGAAGGGACCCGUCCGUGGGAUCUCAUUGAAGCUGCAGGAGGAGGAGCGCGAGCGCCGCAUGGACUUUGUGCCUGAAGAGUCGGCCAUCAAGACCAACGAGAUCAAGGUUGACAAGGAGACCCUUGACAUGCUUGCUUCUCUUGGCAUGUCCGACAUUCCUGGGCUCGUUGAGGUCGAGCCGCAGGUUAUGAUGCCUCCCCAGGCUUUUGGCCGCGGUGGACCAAGGAGGUACUGAUUUAGGCCAUGCAAUUGCUGUGAGAAGAAUGGAGACGUUUUUGUGGUUGUCUGAUUUUUCUUUCGAUAGUGGGUUAGUAUUUGUUAAGGACUAUGUUGAAUUAAACUAGUCAGCUGGGUGUGUUCAACGUCGACUUUGAAGCAUGAUAUUUUGAAUUUUGAGCUGCAAUACAAUUUCCUUUCGCGUUCACCAAGCC